CGAGUGUGCCACCAGGUGGCUCGUUUUCUGAAAAGAUUGUGCGAGCCUUCCGUGGCUGGAGAAAGGAGGGAUCAAGACUAUCUCGGGCUGACCGGAGAUGUCAACCUGAACCCAUCGAGGCUGCCUCGCGGAGAAGUGUAUAGUGCGCGCUAGUAAUUCCUCGAGGGGAAGAAUUUUCACACUUCCUGACUUAUGUGUUUUCAUCGGGGAGACUUUCGCAAGACUGCGCGGAUACAAACGUGCUUCGAACGGAGUCUAAGCAAUGGAGAAAGGAAAGUUAGAAGCGUCAGGUUGACAAGAUUCUACAGGCAAUAAAUAGUGUAAAAUCGAUGGACAGCAUUUUAUUUUUAUUUCGGCUGUCAUAAUAAUUAAUCCCGGACAACACAACUAACUUCACCCAGUGGCAAACAUGACGGACGAAACGGAUUUACCUAAAGAUUUGCUCGAGAGUGUGAGGGAGGCGGUGGGGCGCAGCAUCAAGCUGUCCCUCAGGAAGAUGGUCAAGCUGGAGGUCAAAGCUGACAAGCUGGAGAACCGAGUUCUGGUUCUGGCCUCCCACAGAGCCUACCUUCUCACCACACGCAUCCCCUGCAAGAUCGAACACUCCUUCAACUACCUGGACAUCCAGGGGGUCACCAGCACCAAGCCCAGCCAGGUGAUCCUGGAGCAUGAGCGGGGCCAGUGGUGCCUGAGGCUGGGUGGAGUGGACGAGGUGGACGAGGUGGUGGGGCUCAUAGGAGGCUGUCUGCACAGGAUCUGCCCUGGUGUGUCCCCAGCGAAGGUGAUGAAGAAGCUGAGCCUGGUUCCUCCAGAGAGGACAGCAGCUCUCCAGGCAGUCUGGGAGGAGCAGGAGGCCUCGGACCUGGGGCCCUGUGGUGGUUUCUCCCACAUGUACUGGUGUCUGUGUGACCAGAUGGGGCUGCCAUACAGGGAGGAGGUCCAGUGGGAUGUGGACACCAUCUAUCUAACACAGGACUCCAGAGAGCUGAACCUGCAGGACUUCACACACCUGGAGAACAGGGAUCUGGUGGCCAUCAUAGCAGUUCUGGAGAUCAACCAGUGGUUCACCAAGCUCUCCACUAAGGACUACAGACUGCCCACAGAUGUGUGUGAGCAGAUCCUCAGGGUGGUUGCCAGAUCUGCUCGUCUGGAAGAACUGGUGCUGGAGAAUGCUGGGCUCAAAAGUGACUUUGGACAGAAGCUGGCCAGUGCCCUCUGUCACAAUCCUGCCUCGUCCUUGAACACCCUCAACCUGACCAGCAACUCCCUGGAGGACAAGGGAGUCUCUGCUCUGAGUGCACAGCUGGCCAAGCUGCCAAUGGGACUCAAGCAUCUGAACCUCUCCAGGAACAGCAUGUCCCCUAAAGGUGCCAACUGUCUUGCCUUGGCCCUGUGUGCCAACCCGGUGGUGCCCACUACCCUGAAACACCUGGACCUGUCUGGCAACUCUCUCCGAGGGGAUGACCUCCCGAACCUCUACAGUUUCCUGAGUCAGCAGAACUGCCUGGUGACCCUUGACCUUUCCUGCAGCGACUGCUCUCUAGACCAGGUGUGUGCCUCUCUCCUGAAAGGAUCCCUGAAGCACCUCUCCGUCCUCAACAUGUCCAAGAGUGUCUUCUCUCACAGGAGGAGUAAGGACAUCCCUCCCUCCUUCAAGCAGUUCUUCAGCAGUGCUCUCUCCCUGAGCACGGUCAACAUGUCAGGAACAAGACUACCACUGGAGGCCCUCAAGGCUCUGCUACUGGGGAUGGGCUGUAACCCCAACCUGAGUGAUGUCUCCCUGGACCUCAGCUGCUGUGAGCUGCGGUCUGGAGGAUCACAGAUCCUGGAAGGCUGCAUAGCGGAGAUCCCCAACAUCUCCAGCCUGGACAUCUCUGACAACGGCCUGGACUCAGACAUGACCACUCUGCUGGUGUGGCUGGCCAAGAACCGCUCCAUCAGGCACCUCGCCCUGGGGAAGAACUUUAACAACAUCAAGUCCAAGAAUUUGUCCCAAGUCCUGGAAAACCUGGUGCACAUGAUCCAGGAAGAGGAGUCACCCCUGACCUCCCUGUCCCUGGCCGACUCACGGCUGAAGGCAGACCUGACCAUCGUGCUCAACGCCCUGGGCAGCAACAGCAGUCUGACCAAGCUGGACAUCAGUGGCAACGCUAUGGGAGACAUGGGGGCCAAGAUGCUGGCCAAGGCCCUGCAGAUCAACACCAAGCUCAGGACUAUGAUCUGGGACAAGAACAACAUCAGUCCUCAGGGUCUCCAGGAUGUGGCGUCCGCCCUGGAAAAAAACUAUACCAUCCGCUUCAUGCCCAUGCCCAUCAUCGAUGCCGCCCAGGCCCUCAAGGCCAGCCCCGACAAGACUGAGGACGCGCUGCUAAAGAUGGAGCAGUAUCUCCUGAGGAACCAUGAGACUCGUAAGUACCUGCAGGAGCAGGCCUACCGGCUGCAGCAAGGCAUCGUCACCUCCACCACUCAGCAGAUGAUGGACCGGAUGUGUGUGAAGGUGCAGGACCAUCUGAACUCCCUCCGGUUCUCAGAGUCAGACACUGUUCAGGAGGACAUGAGGGCGGCGGGGAACCUCAUGAAGGAUGCCAGGAACUCCAAAACGCUUCUGCCUAAGCUGUACCACCAGCGGGGGCCCCCUGGGGGGGCUGUGGGAGGCGAGGAGGCCUACGUGGGCCCAGUACAGGACCAGCUGCAGGCCAUGGCUGGGGAGCUGGCCAGGGUCAUGGAUGAACAGCUACAGAUCUUGCUGCGGUCGAUGGUGGAGACGGCCGAGGGCCUCUGCCCUCACGUGCUGAAGAGGAGCAGCCUUCGUCAGGAUCUGGUGAGGGAGGGCUCGGGCCGCAUGGCCGUCCCUCGCAGCUUCAUCACCAACACACUGCUGGAGCAGGCUGGAGUGGACAUCGUCAACAAGAUCAGUGAGGUGAAGCUGAGUAUGGCCUCAGUGCUGUCAGACCGCAUCGUGGAUGAGAUCCUGGAGUCCCUGUCCGCCUCCCAGCACACGCUGGCGGGGCACCUCAUGAGGAAGACCCAGCCUCUUAUGCACCACGGGCCCCAGGAGACCGUGGUUCUGGAUGAGACUGUGCUCCAGCCAGAGGCCAGGAACCAGGCUCCCAGACCGGCCCAGAACCAGGCUCCGAACCAGGCCCAUGCUAAGGUCCAGAGCCAGGCCCAGAUCCAGGAGGAGAUGGACACUUGCCUGAUGACCCCCAAGUCCAAAAGGAAGAGCAUCAUGUGCAGGAUGCUGCGCCCGGUGUCUGUAGCCUUUGAGAUGGAGUUUGACCUUGACAAGGCUCUGGAGGAGGUGCCUAUCCACGUGGAGGACCCGCCCCCUCCCACCCCAUUGGAGGAGGAGCAGGGCUACUUUGGGGAGCUGCCCACUGUGGAGGUCUGCAGGCUGGAGCACCACACUAAGACCCGGCCCAAACCCCAGAAGAGGAGCAAGCCCAGCCGCACCACUACUGACAGCAGCUCCGCUGCACUGGAAGUGGAGGAUAGUUGCAUUAUGGCAAAGGUGGAUGAGGGCGUGGAUGAGUUCUUCUACAAAAAAGUCACAAAACUGAGUUUCAAACGUUCCAGUCUGCGAAGCUCCACCCACUCCCAGGAAGGGGCAGAGAAGAAGCGUGAAUCCAGGAAGAGUGGGUUCCUCAACCUCAUCAAGUCUUGCUCCCCGCGUUCCGAGAAGAGCCAGGGAGCGGCCGCCAUCUCCGCCCCUCCGCAACCCGCCGCCGCCGUCGCCACGGCAACAGAGGAACCCAUGUCCCCGAAGGUUCAACUCUCAACAGAGUUCCCCAUACCUCCGCCGGCGGAACCCGGGGAGACCUCCCCUGAUAGGUCCAGGGAGUGCUCCACCCCAGACCCCCCUAAGGAGGACCAAUCACAUCCUCACCAGGGGGAAGGAAAGGCGGGCCACCACGCCGGACGCCAUUUUGGGGUCCCCGUCAUGGGGGGCAUGGGCAUGGACCUGUUGGCUGAGAUGAAAGCCAAGAUGGCCGCUCACAAGUCUGAUUCCCCCUUAUCCAAGACAGAUGGGAAACCAGCCAAGCCUGACAGCCAGAGGGGUGGGCAAGACCCUGACCCAAACCCCAGGUCCCGGCUCCACCCAGUUCCACCCCAAGGUUCCAAGCCCCCUCUGGCACACCUCAACUCAGGACCCCUCAGCCCCCGAAUCAGCUCCAGCCACAGCCUCGAUGGGUCUCCUGAAUUCCCCGUCGGCAACUCCUCCCCCAAAGCUCCACUUCCAGCACCUCGCCUGAAGAGGGCGCCGUCGGACCAGGAGAGAGAGUGCUCCUCCAGCGGCGCGGCAGGCCUGCCCUCUCCCGUGGCUGCUGUGGAGCUGACCAUAGAAUCCUACCCGGUUGAUGCGGCCUUCGGGCCGGACACGCCCACGGUUGCCGAGAGACCGUGGUCUUCACUGAAGAGGUCUGCCCAGCUGUCACAUGACCAGGAAGUAGAUCGAGGGCGCACCAAGUCCCUUCCUGCAUCUGCGCGUGUGGUGAGGCCUCCGUCCAUGCUGGAGCCUUCCAGCCCUCCAGGCCCUGAGGGGGAGGAGGCAGCGAGCGAUCCCCAGGAGGAGAGCCCGGGCCUGGGCACGAAACAAGACAUGGGGCCUGGAGACUCGGAGGGCCAAGCCAGCGAUGAAGCCGUACCCCUAUAGAGAGAGAGAGUCCUGGUUCUCCAUCCAUCUCCCCGGAUGGAACACUACGACAUCCCCCUACAUGGAUUUCAAAGCAAUAGAUAGGUGUAGGGCGUCUAGGCUUAGACCCAUCACUAUGGUUGUGAGUCUGUGUAUAGAAGUGAAUCGAUACACAGAUGAGUGAGUGGGGGGAUGUAGAGGCUGGAUGAGAGCAGAUCCAAACAUGAGAGAUUUUACACUGAACUAUUGUUCGACCCUCAGAUGGUCCGAAGACAAACAGACCCUGCAUCUGGUGAAUGUGGAGACAGAGUGAGAGUCAUAUAGAACAUAUAUCUCCAUCAGGGUCUGGUCAAGGUGGAUAUUCAUGAUUCUGUAGAAUGCAUACUUUUAUAUGUGACCGAUUGGAGUGUUUAUUUAUGUAAAUAUUUAUAAUCAACAUGUUAAGAGAAAUAUGUUUGUUUAUUAAAUGAAUUGGGUUCAUUAGUACGGGCACAUAGAUAUAUUUAAACUUUUAAAGAUUUGGGAUAGCAAUUAAAGAAUAUAUAUAUAUGAAGAAGCGGUCUGGUGAUGGGUUUUCAUAAUUUUUUAUUUUCUAUUUUUACAAAACAUGUUUUCAGUUUUUAUUACCAGACAUAGAAUCCUACCAUGUUAUUUUAAAGCAAAGUAAUCUGUGUAAUUAACUGUCAAUACACAGCAUGUGCAUAUUUGUAUCAAUAAAACAUUUUACUGAUA